CUGAUUAUUCUAACCAUGGUGUCCUCCAUUCCUCCUCGUCCUGCUCCUCUUUCUCCUCUUCCUCUGCAGGCGUCGUUCCUCACAAAGAAGCUCAACAUCACAGGAAAGAGAGUAAACUUGGCCAUCUGGGACACGGCCGGUCAGGAGCGUUUUCACGCUUUAGGGCCGAUCUACUACAGAGACUCAAACGGAGCAGUACUAGUAUACGACAUCACCGACGAGGACUCCUUUCUGAAGGUGAAGAACUGGGUGAAGGAGUUGAGGAAGAUGUUGGGGAAUGACAUUUGUUUGUGUAUAGUAGGUAAUAAAAUAGAUUUGGACAAAGACCGACACGUUUCAGUGGAGGAGGCAGAGAGCUACGCAGAGUCGGUCGGAGCCAAACAUUACCACUCGUCAGCCAAGUUAAAUAAAGGAAUCGAGGAGCUUUUUCUGGAUCUCUGUAAAAGGAUGAUGGAGACGGCUCAGGCCGAGGAAAGGUUGAAGGGCAACGGAGCCAGCCAAUCGGCAUCGAGUAGGCGGGGCGUACAGAUUGUGGACGACGAACCACAAGCCAUGCCCGCUGGAGGAUGCUGCUCCUCCGGCUAACACACACACACCCGCACACACACACACACACACACACACACACACACGCCCCUCAGACAAAAUGUUCACACUCAUUUGAGUCUCUGUUGCUUUAAGGUCCUAAAAAAAAAUAACAAUCCCAGCUGUUCUUUUUCUGUUUUAUUGUCUCUGCUGCUAAGGAGUAUGGGAAGUUUUAUUUUAAACGGUUCAACCGCUGUUCCCCUUCAAAAUAAAAGCUACUCGUGGUCAAACUGAGUGAAAUACAUUUGAUUUUCAUCAGUAAUCACAGCGGCGCUCCAGACGCAGCGAUUCAAACUUGAAGCACGAGAGCUGUUUGUGUUCAAUAAAAUAUCUGAAGUGAACUUUAGGGACAUAAAUGGCGGCAGAGAUUUAUUUUCUUUGCCUCUGUGGGAUAAAACAUGCAAACAGACAUUGUAUAAACCUUCAUUAAUCGUCAUAUUUAUCUCCAAGUGUCCACAUGUUUCCCGUCCUGGGAGGAGCGGCGCCCCCUGCUGGUCAGAAUGUUCUGAUUCCUCCUGUUUGUGCACGUGACGCUUAGAAGGUUUCAUGAUGCCCAGCUGGUGUGUUUCUGACAGCAAGUUAAAGAGGUAGAAGUGCUCUAAAUAUUAUGAAUAAGGAAUAUAUCUUUUAUAUGUACAUCCGCCGGCGUUUAUACACGGACUGUUGUCACUAACUGGUUAAUCACCUGAGAUACUACAUAUUAUUCCCAAAGGUAAAAAGCUAACGUGUGUUUUGUUUUCAGGUUUCUUUUUGUUUUCAAGUUAAAAUCUGAAUCUGAAUCUAAAAAUAAAAUACAGAUUAUUCCAGUUUAUAAGCCGCUGCAGGUGAUUUAUGGGGAAAAAAUAAAGAAUCUAAAACAUUUAUCAAAAUAUGCAUCCAACGUUUUGUUAGAUGUAAAAUCAUCUAAACGGGAUAUUUGAUGUUGGCGAAGCGGCGCCCCAGUUGACACGCGUACGUCACGCGCCGACUCUGAGGUUUUUCUUUCCAGCCGGACACACGUUAACUGUACGAACACAAUGAUGUCUCACAAUGAUCUCAGUGUACGAGGAGCGUCGUGGUCUUUAUCCUGAGACACAUCUGAUCAUCACGAGACACCGAGUGGCCUCCUGGGCGCCGGACACACGCCGUCUCAUCUCAGCUGACACGCCGCGACACAACUUGUUCUCUAAAGCUUCCUAUCAUGACAUCACAUUUUAUAGCAGUUUCAACAGUUUUACAUACUAAUAUUCAGUUGAUGAUAAACUGAGAGAAAGCUGAUUCCUUUUAAUUGUUUUAAAUUCCUUUGAUUUGUAAAUGUACGUACAUGUGAAAAAAACAAGUAAUAUUAAUUACCAAUUUCAAACAACCCUUCCAACAUAAUCAUACAUGUACAUGUUUAUUGUAACAUUAAGUUUCAGUGACUUUAAAACAAUUAAAAACACAUUCAAACUACUCAAAUAUUCAGCUUAUGAAAAAGAGAAAGUUUCAGCUGAUCAAUGAAUUCUUUCAUAUUUGUCUGUUUCUGUUGAUGCUGCAUGAAACUACACAAUGAAUUGAAAAAAUGUAUUUAUUUCUAGAUUUCAUAUGUUGUUUACUAAAUUGAUACAGUGUAUAUAUACACAUAUAUAUAUAUACAUAUAUAUAUAUAUAUAUAUAUUGUCCGUUAACUCGUCUAAUUGAUUUAAUAACCUUUAAAUAACAUAAUUGUGCCCUCACGCUGCUCCUUCCUCCUCCUCCUCCUCCUCCUCCUCCUCCUCCUCCUCCUCCUCCUCUGUGUUUAAAACUGGCAUUUUGAGUUCUAUUAAAUACUUUUAAAUCUGUUUUACUUUGAAACUGAUGAAUAAAGAAAUCUGAUCGUCUGAUUAUUUAAUAA